AUGGCGGUGCUUAUCUACGUGGGGCGAAGAGUUCUGCGCUGGUCCUUUCGCCUGCGGUCACUCGACGGAGUACGUAUACGCACCCCUGGGGCCCGGACUGCAGUCGUGACCCAGACCGAGUGGAAGGCUCCCAUCAUGUGGGAGGGCAUGUGGGACCCUCUGGAGUACGACCGGGCCCACCAGCAGAACCAGACCGCUGUGGCCCUCACCGUGUUCGCCGUGGGAAGGUAUCUUGAUGCCUACCUGGAGAAAUUCCUUGUAUCUGCAGAGAAGUACUUCAUGGUUGGAUUACCCGUCAUGUUUUACGUUUUCACCGACGAACCGGAGAAAGUCUCCUUGAUCCCCAUGGGCUCCCAACGCAACAUGCGCGUCAUCAAAGUGGAGCGGCAUUCCCGAUGGCAGGACAUCUCCAUGAUGCGGAUGAAAACUAUAUCCGAACUCAUCAUUUCGGAGAUUCAGUACCUGUACCCUUACGUUUUUUGUUUCGACGUGGACCAAGUAUUCACCGGGCGGUUUGGGUCCGAAGCUCUGGGGGAAUCGGUCGCCCUUCUCCACGCUCAUUAUUACAAGUUGCCAAAGAACCGGUUCACUUACGAUCGCAACCCGAAGUCCAAAGCGUGCAUGGAAACCGGGGACUUCUACUACCACGCGGCGAUUUACGGAGGAACAUGGGAGAACGUGAAAAAGAUCGCCGACGAGUGCCUGGCCAACAUCAUGGAGGAUAAGAAGAACGACGUGGAGGCGCUUUGGCACGACGAAAGCCAUUUGAACAAGUAUUUUUGGCUCCAUAAACCGACCAAGCUGCUGUCUCCCGAGUACUGUUGGGAUCAGUACCUUCCCAAGCAGGAUAUCAUUGUAAUGCGCUUAGUUUGGGCGAUAAAAGACUAUGGAAGAUUGAGGAUUUCGUCACAAGAUUCAAAGGAGAAAUGAAGGACUGUUUGCACUGGCCUUUAUUGAUUUU